AUGGCAAGAGUGAAGAGGGCUCUGGUUCGCGACCCACCACCGUUGCGUGCAGCCGAACCGUCGCCGACACAACCGUCUGACCCGCCACCGUCGGUGGCUAAUGCCGCUGUGCGCACUCCUGUUUCUUCGCGAAGACAGCCGACGAGAAAGGGAAAGAGACUCCCCAUUGCAAAGAAGAAAAAGGGCGAGUCUUCCACUAUCCUUGUCGAUGAAGACUUGCCAUCACCAUUGUCGUCGCCGUCUGUGCCACCGUCGCCGUCUCUACCACCGUCGUCCACUCCAGUCGCCGUCGAUACUAUUCCACCAGAAGUGCCCAUAGCCGCUCCUCCUCUACAAAUAAUGCCCUCUGCUGCCAUUGUCCCAUUUACAGACCCUCUAAAGAAAGCAAAAGAGAUGGUGAAGUCAUCUACUCUUCCACUGUCAAAGGAAUCCCCAACUUCAUCUCCGACCACCAAAAACAGGGAAAUGCCCGAAACUUCUCAAAAGGUACAUUCUUCAUCUGAUAGUACACCCCCUAAUGGUCUAUUCACUUCUGAUUCUGAAGAAGAUGAAGACCUUGCCUCUAAGGCACAAACAAGGGAGAUUUUUAUGGAAAAUGAGGAUUACAACUUGGAGAACAUUAUGUAUUUGAAAAGCCUAGGAAAACUCUCUUCUUGA